UUGUAGCAGUAUCUCACCUCAGUUUUUAACAACACUGCACACUGGAUUGUUGCCCUGGAUUAAUGAUAAUUAUUUAAUCUUUGGUCCUUGAGAGGGUGUUGGCGGAGGGUAUGUUUUCAUGCAAGAUGCUGUGGUCCUCCUGAGUCUUGUAACAAGUGUACUGUACACAGGCAGCUGGAGUCAAAGGAAACCAGACGCAGAGAAGUACUCUAUAGGAGUGCAUGAUUAACCAGCCAGGAGAAAAUCUUGAUGGUCACUCCUUCCUCUGCCAGGAAGCACUUUAAUUGGGACAGAGAUGGUUUUGCGAAUUGGAUUUAGGAUUUCUCAGAUCCUUAUCAUACUUGCACUGACACUUUCUGGAGAAAGAGCGGAUGCACAGAGAGCAGGUUGCAAAAAUGUCCAUUAUGACCUGGUGUUCAUUUUGGACACCUCAUCCAGCGUGGGCAAGGAUAACUUUGAGAAGAUCAGACAGUGGGUAGCCAAUCUUGUGGAAUCAUUUGACGUUGGACCAGAGAAGACACGCGUUGCCGUGGUCCGCUACAGCGACAGGCCCACCACCGAGUUCAACCUUGGCCGAUACAGGUCACUGGAGGAGGUUAAAAGGGCGGCCAGGAACAUUCGCUACCUAGGAGGCAACACCAUGACCGGUGAUGCCAUCAGCUACACCACCAAAAACAUCUACACAGUGCAGGCCGGUGCUAGACCGACAGCCCAAGGCAUCCAGAGGGUGGCCAUUUUGUUGACCGACGGUAGGAGCCAGGAUUUCGUCCUGCAGCCCUCCAGGGAGGCCCACCGAGCCGGGAUUAGGAUGUUCGCUGUGGGCAUUGGGGAGGCGCUCAAGGUGGAGUUGGAGGAGAUUGCCGCCGAGCCAAAGAACGCCCACGUCUUCCAUGUGUCUGACUUCAAUGCCAUCGACAAGAUACGGGGGAAGCUGAGGAGGAGGCUUUGCGAGAAUGUGCUGUGUCCGAACAUGAAGGUGCAGCCUGACAGGUUUAAGCCCAACAGCACAAGCGCAGGUCUGGAGGAAGUCCCAGGAUUUGACCUCAUGGAGUUCUUUAACGUGAGAGACAUUCUGGGGACCAAGUCUGAAGCAGGCCAAAGCUCCUUUGUGCGACUUGGAACAAUGCCGAUUGUCCAACAGACUGAAGAUGUUUUCCCUCAAGGUCUACCAGAUGAAUAUGCGUUUGUGACCACUUUCAAGUUCAGAAAGACGUCCCGGCGGGAAGACUGGUACCUUUGGCAAAUAUUUGACAAAUAUGGCAUACCACAGGUGUCUAUCCGUCUCGAUGGGGAGGAUAAGGCUGUGGAAUACAAUGCAGUUGGUCUAACCAAGGAUGCAGUGAGAGCUGUCUUCAAAAACCCAGAGGUUGACAACCUGUUUGAUCGCAACUGGCACAAGAUUGCCCUCAGCGUGCAGGCCAAAUCAGUGUCCCUCUACCUGGACUGCAAACACAUACAGACAUUGCCCAUUGACGACAGGGAGGACAUCGAUAUUCAAGGAAGGACUGUCAUUGGAAAGAGGUUAUACGACAGUGUGCCGAUUGAUUUUGACCUCCAGAGGAUGGUGAUCUACUGUGACUCAAAGCACGCUGAGCUGGAAACCUGCUGUGACCUCCCUACCGGUCCUUGCCCAAAGAAGGUUGUGACCGAGGAACCCCCUAUUCAGAUUCCCACUCCCACCCCAACGAGUGCAGCGCAGCAUGUUGGCUCUAAAGAAGUGAACUGCUCUUGCCCUCCAGGAGAAAAGGGAGAGGCUGGUCUACGCGGAACUGAUGGUCCCAAGGGUGACAAGGGGGAUACUGGGAUUCGGGGCCCAGUGGGACCUUCAGGACUCAAAGGACAGAAAGGAGAUCCUGGCAAAGCUGUGUCUAUCAAAGGUGAUAGAGGCGAAAAGGGUGUAGAGGGCUCAAAAGGUGAAUCUGGAAAUCAAGGAGAAAAUGGAGAAAGGGGAUCAUUUGGACUUCCUGGCCUUGCUGGAAAAAAAGGAGAGAGGGGAGACAGAGGUGAAUCAGGAAAAUCAGGUGAAAAAGGGUUGCCUGGCCCCCUGGGACCAAAGGGGGUACAAGGAGAUUCAGGACUUAAUGGCUUACCUGGUCCCAAAGGAGUGAUUGGUGAAAAAGGCCCUAAAGGAGAAAAAGGAGUGUCAGGAUUAAGGGGAGAACCUGGUCUGGAUGGAUUUCCUGGAAAACCUGGGGUUCCGGGGAAAGAUGGCAUACGAGGAGGGAACGGAUUGCCAGGAGUUAGUGGUGCCAAAGGUGCAAAGGGAGAAAUAGGUCUACCUGGAUUGCCUGGAGAUGUGGUGCAGAAAGAAGGCUUAAGAGGAGAUGGUGGACCCCCAGGACCCCGUGGGCCCCCAGGACCAGGCGGCCCUGCAGGACCUGUGGGACCACCCGGUCCCCAAGGACAACCCGGAGAGCCCGGUGAAUUUGGUCAGAGGGGUAAGAAAGGGGAAAGCGGACUGCCUGGUGUGGAUGGACUACCUGGCCCACAAGGACCUGAAGGUCCUCCUGGACAACCUGGUCCUGCUGGAAAAACUGGCCCACCUGGACUGCCUGGAGAAAUUGGAUUUUCAGGAAAACCUGGAGAGGCAGGAAAACCUGGCAUACCUGGUAAAGAUGGGCUUGAUGGGUUCUCAGGAAAUGAUGGGGCAAAGGGGCCUCCAGGUGAAUCCGGUUUAGAUGGAUUUCCUGGAAAACCUGGGCCUAAGGGCCAGGAGGGUGCGCCUGGUCCGAGAGGACUUGCAGGGGAGAGGGGACUGGCGGGGCAGCUGGGACAGCCAGGGAUCGCCGGGCAAAGGGGGGAGAAAGGCUCUCAGGGUGAAAGAGGGCGGGAUGGACCUGCUGGGAUAAAAGGUGACAAAGGAGACAAGGGUGACGAUGGGCCCAAGGGACCUCCCGGACUCCCAGGAAAUGAUGCCAAUUCAAUCCCAGAACCUGGCGAACCAGGCGUACCUGGAGAAAGAGGCGAGAAGGGAGACCAAGGAAAGCCAGGAGAAAUUGGUCAAAGGGGACUGCCAGGUGAACAAGGUCACCGAGGCCUGCCAGGUCCACAGGGUCCAAAGGGUGAGGGAGGUGUAAAAGGAGAGACCGGACGGGCUGGAGAUCUGGGUCCACCGGGCCAGCAAGGCCAACAGGGUCCUCGUGGGUUGCCAGGCAAUGUGGGGGUCCCUGGAAAAUCCGGCCCCACAGGACCAGCCGGGGAGAGAGGAGAAAAGGGAGAAACAGGCAAAGAAGGAAGUCCUGGGCCCCCAGGACCCCAUGGAGAGAUGGGUGUGGCUGGAAUUCCUGGUUUACCGGGGAAAGGGAAGGAUGGACAUCCUGGAAAACCUGGAUCACAGGGAUUGCCAGGACCUCAGGGCCCCAAGGGUCCGUCUGGAGCUCCAGGUUUACAGGGACUUCCAGGAAGCAGGGGCCCCCCUGGAGAGGGCACCACCGGACCCCCGGGACCUCCUGGGCAAAAUGGUGAACCAGGUCCUAUGGGCACUAGGGGUCUACCCGGUGUAGCUGGUUCUCAGGGUCCCACCGGACACAAUGGUUUACCAGGAAGGCCAGGAGAGAAGGGAUCUCCCGGAGAGCCGGGAAAAGCUGCUGACUUGUCACAGUUAGAUCUGAAGGAUGUUUGUUCAGACUGUCCUCCCGGUCCUCCUGGAUCACCCGGUAUGCCGGGGAUUCAAGGUGACAAAGGGGUUCCUGGAACCGCAGGAAAAGAUGGCCAAGAUGGUUUCCAGGGGCCGACAGGGCCCACAGGACCCGCUGGUCCACCUGGAGCUGAGGGAGGAAAGGGAAUAAAAGGUGAUCGAGGAUCUCCUGGUACGCCUGGGGACAAAGGUGAAAAGGGACCACCAGGGGCUCCUGGAUAUCCAGGAGCUGCAGGCCUUAUGGGCCAGCCUGGUACAGAUGGUCAGCCAGGACCGAUGGGCCCUCCGGGGCCCCGUGGGGAGACGGGCAAGGAGGGUUUGAAAGGGAUCCAAGGACCACCAGGUUUACCUGGUUUAAUGGGGAUGGCUGGAAAGAUGGGGAAAGAUGGUCGACCAGGAGAGACAGGGGAGCCGGGUAAACAGGGUGAAGCAGGCCCCCCUGGCAGAGACGGACUCAGAGGACUUCCCGGCUUUAAAGGUCAUAGAGGAGAACCUGGACCACCAGGAUCUAAGGGUGAAGAGGGGAAGCCUGGACCCCCAGGACGAGAGGGAAGGCUAGGAAAAGAUGGCAAUCCUGGACCCCCAGGACCAGAAGGCUUCAGGGGCCCAGGAGGGGAACCGGGCAAACCAGGUGAGCCUGGCCCAUCAGGAAAACCAGGACCCCCUGGGAAUCCAGGCCUGAAGGGGGGCAGAGGUGAGGCUGGAGGCCCUGGAUUACCAGGAUUCUCAGGUCCAAAGGGGCCGUCUGGACCAGCUGGUCCGCUUGGUCCAGAAGGAAAGCAAGGUAUGCCAGGGAAACAGGGGGAGCGAGGUGCCAAAGGAGACAGGGGUGAUUCAGGUAUCAAGGGAGAUAAAGGGCCUACUGGGGACCCUGGAAUGCCAGGAUCUCCUGGUAUUCCUGGUCGGAAAGGGCACACAGGCAUGAUGGGAAUGUCAGGGCCUCCUGGAGACCCAGGUCCAGCUGGGCCGCAAGGAGGACAAGGACCCCCAGGCAACCCAGGCCAACGGGGAGAGUCAACAUCACUGGAACAGUUGAGAAGGCUUAUUCAAGAGGAACUAUCAAAACAAUUAGAUGUCAAAAUGGCAUACCUCAUGGCCCAGAUCCAGCCAGCCCACGUCAAAAGCACCGUAGGUCGCCCAGGGCCCCCUGGUCCAUCAGGCAAAGAUGGAGCUCAGGGACGGCCAGGGUCCCCAGGGGAGCAGGGUAUGCCAGGCCAGCCAGGGGGAGAUGGGAUUCGAGGGCCAAUGGGCCCGAAAGGUGAAAGAGGAUCUAAGGGCGAGAGAGGUGAAAUCGGUGUGGGACAAAGAGGAGAGAUCGGUCCACCCGGUCCUGCAGGUACUGCAGGGUUGCCCGGUUACGGAAAGGAUGGCAUGCCUGGCACGCCUGGUGCUCAGGGAGAGCCAGGACACCCAGGCCCCCAGGGGGCCAUCGGAUCCCCAGGACCCACAGGGCAGUGUGACCCCUCACAGUGCGCUUACUAUGCCAGCCUGGCUUCAAGGCCCACCAACACCAAGGGGACUUAAAGCACAAAGACCUUGGGGCGUGGCUAUUUAUGAACUUGGAUUCUCAGCAAACUAUGAACUGUUCUUUUUAGAAAAAAAAUCACAAUAACCUCUUUUGGGGUUUUGCUGCCGGUCAGAAUUUGUUUGGGGGAUGGGGUGAGGAAGGUGUUUGAGAAGUGGGAGUUCUGAUUUUUUACUUUAUUGUCAGGAGUAACCAAUGAGAAAGGCCACCAGCUCAGCUGCUCCAAAAAGCAGCAGUAUUGUUCUUUUAAAAAAAAAGUCUUUCCGAAUGAUGUAAUUCUUUUAUCCUCAGUUCUUUUGUUACCUCAGUUUUCACCCACACUCUCAGAAAUAAAGUGACAGUGGAGGUACAAUCUUGUUAAUCAAGGAUCAAAUUUCCCAAAUGUAACCUGAAAGUACAGUCAUGUUCUCUUUGGGUACAUUAGUAUAUUUUCCAAGCAAAAAAGGUUUGGCAAGGGGUACAAUUUUAUGCACCUAUGGGGUACUGCCCCAGCAAGCAGAACCUUUUAGGCACUUUUCAUACCUAAUCUAUUUAGUGCAGGAAGAGAUGAGCUGUGAUUCAGUGUCAAAUUACGGCUAGAGAAGAUCUGCAGGGAGCAGUUUUAAUUAUCCAGUGAAGGAACUCACAUAACUUUUGAGCGCUCAUGGGUGAGAUGAGUUGCUUUGGGGAAAAUAAGAGCUUGAGACCAUUUUAAAGUACAGGUUGUGAUUUUCACUCACGGUCUUGAAAGAGCUUGGAAUUCGUUUUAAACUAUUUUUUUCUGAAGCUAUGGGUAAUGCAGCUACAAUAUAUAAAUGGCCCAGGUAGGUGUACGUAAAUAAUGUACAUAAACUUCUAUAAUGGCUGUCUGUGUGUUUGUGCUUGUAUCUCCCCUCCAUUUGUUGCACCACAAACGGGUUUAGUGGGAAUACUAUGAGAAAUCUUUAUGUUGCCCUGAAACUAGUGGAAAUUGGGGGAGGGGAUACAACCGAGACAAAUCAAUGAAUACACAGGGUUCAUAAACACAGAGGAUGUUGAAUGAGAGAUGGAAGACAUCAACUUUAACCCCAUCAGAAUUUCUCCUUAAUUGUUCCAGACGUCUGGCAUACACCCAAGCUGUCUGGAUCAAUUCACUCCUGGCCUACAGCUUUCCAGUGCUCCCCAUUAUAAAGUUAUACAUUUCCUCCCCUGCUUAGAAAAAGAGACACUACACCUUAAAAAGAAGACUUUAAAAGAAGGCGUUAUUUCCAUCCUGGCCUGUGUAGUUUAUUAAUAUCCCCUUGGGAGACACACAAGAGAAGGUCGGGCUCCAGGCUGCAUUGAAUUGAAGACUUUGUUUUCCAAAUUGCUCGCUGCUUUACACAUUACAGAAUGUACAGAGCAUUCUGAUCCCCCUUAUUGGGGCUGCCACCAAGGGCGACAUUUUGAAGGAUCUGUUCCGUCCCUGGUGGACCAAUUAGAGCCUCCUAAAAAACUUGGAGGAAAUGUGCGAGUCUGCAAGAAAUGUAACCACAGUAG